AUGAAGCAAAGUUUCUUGAUUAUUCUUCUGUUGUCAGGUGUGCUGGUAGCAACAGUUACCGCCCUGAUUCCCAAAACUCGUCCAGGAUCGUUAGGUACGAUACCCGACUCCAUGAUUCCGGGAUCUCCAAUGGAAGACGCGAAUCCGCUUCUGGCUAAUAGCUUCGAUAGCGGAUCGGAUUAUCGCCCACUUGAUUUUGGCUAUUUACCGGGAACUACGCGAUAUAUGGGCAAUCGGAUCAAGGGCAGUGGUUACACGUCAUUGCACGGUCUCAACUACGAGAGCGUAGGCUACCGCGAUGAUUACUACACGAACGAGGCCUACCCGCAGUUGGUCGGUCAGGGACAAGUUAGAGUCAAUGGCCAAGACGCUGAACUCACCUGUCAAUUUCCUCCCACAUUCGAUAUCAUUUCGAAUAUCGUGUGGGAGAAACUGGAUCGGAAUGGUGUAGAUAGCUGGGCACUGGAUCGACAAGAUCCACGAUUUUCCAUCCGUCAACAAUCGAUGGCUGGGUCGCGGCUCGUUAUCGGAGAAUAUUCUGCCCGUGAUGAAGGAGUCUACCGCUGCAUCGCUACCCGUCGUGACAACACCCAUUUCCGUCAGACUAGGACCGUUUACCAGGAUAUUCCUUUCGUCCUUGUCAAAUAAACACACAAUAAACAAUAAGUAAUAAAAAAGAUUUAUUAGAAAUUUAUAGACUCACAAUGAUAUGCAGUUCGUGUCCUUGAAGUUCCUGCAUUUUGGAAUGCUCUGUUUUUUUUGUUUGCUUUUUUUUAAACAUAUUUUAAUGAACAUGACAGUUUGAUUGUCUCUGCAUUAGAAAAUUAAGCAAUACAAAGAUAAAUACAUAGGUAA